AUGGCAACCGGAUUAGAGGCCCUUGGCGCUGCCAGCGCUGUUAUCCAGUUGAUCUCGUUUGCCGGGAGCCUCGUCUCCCUGAGCUUCAAGAUUUACGAUGGCGUACCUACGCCCGAGAACGAGCUUGAGGAGUACUCGACCAAGAUGAUGGAGGCGGCACGUCGAGUUCAGACUCGUGGCAAGCAAGCGGCUCAGGGAACCCAGGUCGGCGACCAACUAUCUAAAGUCUCACAGGAGUGCAUAGAUGCAGCUACAGAGCUGAGGAAAGAGGCUCAAACGCUUACCAAGCGAUACCAAAAGGGCAAAAUGUUCAAGGCUGUCUAUUCUGCUCUCCGCGCGGAAAGCCAUAAGACCAAGCUCAAUCAGUUGAACGAAUCGCUCGAGAAAUGCAAGGAACUGAUGGAAACAGAGCUGCUAUUGAAGAUAUGCGACCAGGACACUGCCAUAGCACAACAACAGUCCCAAGGAUUCCGAAGUCUGGAGGUUGAUAUCCAGAACCUCAUUCUCAAGAUUGCCGAAGGUUAUACCAGGGUAGAGCAACUGGUUUCCAUCGAAGCCCAAGCCACACGGGAUGCCAUCAACACUCACGUUACCUCCGAGUUCAAGGCUUUAGGCAUCAGGAGUAUUUCGGACAACCAGCGUCAAAGACUCUUGAAAAGCCUCAAGCCGGAAGAAAUCAGAGAAAGAUAUAACGCCGUGCUGCCACCAUCGGAUGCUUGUUUCGAAAGAGUCUUUGCUUCAUAUGAACGUGUUUGUCGCAACGACCCCGGAUACAAACCCUGGAAAGGGUACGAGCAAACAUUCAGCCAUGAAAGCGAGGAUGACAGCCAUAAUUACAGUAUCGGCAACGCAAGGGAAAAAAAGAAGGUUGACGACAUUGAUCUGAUAUGGGAACGGUUUAGCACCUGGCUGCAGUCGGACGAUAAGCUGUUCUGGAUUCGAGGAAAGCCAGGGUCCGGGAAAAGCACAUUGAUCAAGUUCGUUAUCAACAACGACAACACCAAGCGUUUACUUGGCUCUUGGCACCCAAAUACUAGACUUCUUUCGCAUUUCUUCUGGAAGAUCGGAAGUGAACCUCAGAACAGCAUCAGAGGCCUGUUGUGUUCCUUGCUUUACCAUCUUCUAUCGGAAGAUGGCGAUGCCAUCGACAAAGUAUUGCGAGAGUUUAGGUUCUCUGAAUCGAAAGACUUUUAA